AUGGGCGCAGUGAAAAAAGACCUGCACGUGGCCAUCAUUGGCGCCGGCAUGGGCGGCCUGGCCGCCGCUCUCGCUUUGGCCAAGCAAGGCUUCACGCACAUUGAGGUCUACGAGCACGCCUCGAACCUCGGCUUCGUCGGCGCCGGUAUUCAGCUGGCGCCCAACAUGGCCCGCAUAUUGGAUCGUCUGGGCUGCUGGAGUCCUAUCGAAGCCGAGGCCACCGAUAUUAAAGAAACGAAGAUCUUUCAGGGCGACACGGAAGUCGAGCUCGCGCACAUCGCGCUCCCGCACAUCCGCGAGACGUACGGCUACGCGCACAUGGUUGGCCACCGCUCCAACCUCGCCGGCUCCAUCUACGAAUCCUGCAAGGCCAAAAAGGCCAGCAUCUCCUUCUUCUUUGCCACCGCCGCCUCGGAGAUCGUGUCCUUCGGCCCCAAGCCCUCGUUCACGGCCACGCCGCGCAAGGGCGGCGCCCCAUACACCGUCACUGCGGACGUCAUCCUCGCCGCCGACGGCAUCAAGAGCGUGGUCCGGCCGCAGAUCAUGCGCGAGCUCGGCGUCGAUGCGGACGUCGAAGAUACGGGCCAGGCGGCCUACCGCAUCAUGCUGAAGCGCGAGGACAUGGCGCACGACCCAGAGCUGAUAGCGCUGCUCGACGCCGACCGCGUGACGCGCUGGAUCGGCCAGCGCAAGCACAUCAUCGCGUACCCGGUUGCUAACAAAAACGUGUAUAACCUUAGCACCGCGCACCCGGACACGAGCUUCGCAGCGGCCCCGUCGGCCACUUACACGACCAAGGGAUCCAAGUCGUCGAUGCUGGACAUGUACGCCGACUUCUGCCCACGCGUUCUGAAGAUGUUGAACCUUGUCCCCGAUGGCGAGGUCUGCGAGUGGAAACUACGCGUGCACCAGCCGCUGCCGACGUGGGUGCAUGGCUCCGUGGCGCUCGUGGGCGAUGCCUGCCAUCCGACACUGCCGCACCUGAACCAGGGCGCCGCGCAGGCGAUCGAGGAUGCCGCCGUGCUAUCGGUCGUGCUGGCAAAGUGUCCGUCGGCCAGUGCAGAGGAUAUCAACAAGAGCUUGCGCGUAUACGAGGCAGUUCGCAAGGAGCGGGCGACGGUGCUGGUGGGACUGGCGGCGGCGUCAGGGAAGGCCUUGCAUCUAGGCGAGGGUGAGGCUAAGAAGGAGAGAGACAGACAGUUUGCGGCGCUCAAGGACAAGAAGGGCGGGAGCGUGCCGGACAAGUGGGCGGAUGCCGACGUGCAGAAGAUGAUCUAUGGACAUGAUUGCAUGAAGGUUGCAGAGGACGAGUUUUAUGACAUCUUCAAGAGCUUUUAG